AUGCCGCGAAUUCCCGUACGAACAACACCUUAUCAUGCAUUACCUCGAUGUACAAGACAUUACAAGUCUAAAAGAGAUUUGAUCUUGAGAGCAUUAGGUAAAGCAUCUUUCAUCAAUGGAAGUCAAUUUGUCAUAGCUUGGAUCUCACCAAAAGGAGAUACCGAUAUAUUCGCUUCUGAAUUAUUACAAUCUGCCGUUAAAGAUAAAGAAGGUGGUGGUGUAUUGAACAAGAAAGAAUUAGAGAAAGAAGCAGCUCGAGUCAAACAAGAGAUGGUACGAAGAUGGGAUGAAAUCAGACGGAUGGAAGAGAAAGGUGAAGUACCUACAUUGGAUGAAGAUUCUUUAGCUAUGAACGAAGGUGAAGUUGAAGAAGAUGUAGAAGGUGAAGUUGAGGGUGAAAAUGAUGAAGAAUUAGAUGGAGACAAAACUUUAGUCGAUGAAGUAGAUUUGAGUAAUUUGGAUACUCCAUUAAAAUUAGUAAACGGUACUACUGGUUUAGGAAUUUCAACAAAGAGACUUUCACCUUUAACUGGAACUGGAUCAGGAACUGGAUCAGGAAUGUAUUCAACUUUUUCAACGACAAAUUCUUUAACACCUAGAUCAUCAACUCCAAUCUCACCAAUGCAAACCAUAAUUUUGAAACCAAAUGAAAUCGAAAACUUUUAUAUGGAAAGAUUUACGAAUUUACAACAACAGACAUGUAAAUUAGUUGUUAAAGCUUGGAUUAAAAUUAUUGAACCUAAGAAGCAAAUGAAGUUCCCUUAUAACAAAGGCGAAGAAUUCAAACCUUCUUGGUGGCCUGAAGGAGUUAAACAUAGAGAACCAGAUCACCUUCCAAAAGAUGAACGGAAGUUACUUUUGAUAUCGAUUAUCCGAAACGCUUCAGUCAACGUUGCAAGACUUCAAUUAUCGACUGCUGAAACCAGCGCUUUGAUAUCAGCAUCUAAGCUUGCUAUCCUUAGAGAAAUCUACAUCGUCGCCAAAGAAGAAGAAAGAAGGAGACAAAUGGGUGAUACUACUUCCGAUUUGAUUAUCGAAUUACCAAUCAUCCCUCAACAAACUUCAAAUGGAUCACCCGAACCUGCUGUAAAGAAUGAAAAACGAUCACAUUCACUCAUGUCAAUAUCUGAAGAUAACAAGGAAAAUAUCAAUACUUAUGAAUUGGCAAUCACCGCGAAUGGACAAGGUUAUCCCACACAUGUAGGAAAAAAACAUAAAUCGCAUCCUAGAUUACCUGCAUUGAGUCUUUCAAAUCAUCAACAACAGUUGCAACAAGCUCAACAAGCUCAACAACAAUUACAGCAACAACAACAUCAACAGUACGAUUCGCCUUAUACUACAUCACCUUCACCAUUCGCAUAUGCACCUCAACCUCAACAUCAUCAACACCAACACCAACACAAUCAACAUUUACAAGCUCAUGUAUGGGGUGAAACUAGAAUCAAUUCAGCUACUUCAUCUACGAAUUCACACUUAUCUCCUUAUGCUUAUGCUACUUCUGAUGUGCAUUCGAAUUACUCUGAUUCAAACUCGAAUUCAAAUUCACGUUCACCUAAUCCUGAUUCAAAUAACGGUAGCCAAAGACAAUAUCAAAAUCAACAUCAUUUAGCACCUUUAUUGAAUAUAAAUACGAAUACUCAUUCACAUUCACAUUCACCUACACCUACAACGAUUGAUUCACCUGCUUUCCCACAUUCAGCUACCAUUCAAACAGCUCCUGGAUCAGCACCUUAUUAUCCUCAACAACAACAACAAAGAUCAAAUCAAGGUGGUUAUAUGCAACAACAGCAAAUGGAAUAUUUACAUCAACAUCAACAUCAACUUCAACACCAUCAACAACAACAACAGCCAAACGAAACUUAUGGUUAUCCAUCACCUUAUUUGACUGACGCUUGGGACGGUCAAUACCAACAGACAGUGUGA